ACUGUGGCUCUGGAUAAAUGUAUUUGUAUAUUAAAGCAUUUGGAAGAGGAGAGGUGGGAUCUUUUAGUUAUCUCGAGGCGGUGAUAGAGCAUCUGCCACUUCUAAAAAAUGUAGGCCAUUAGCCUAAAAAACCUGUCAUCAUCUUCGUUGCAUUUGUGACCGAUCGCAUCGCACGACCUCCAACAUGUUUUAAAUCAAGUGACGUGUUAAAGCGGACGGCAGAUUGUGUACAUCAGCAGCAGUGAUACAGCAUAUUUACAGCAUCCACACUGAACAGGACAAAAUGGCUGAUAAGAGUGACCUAAAAGCCGAACUUGAGCGCAAGAAACAGCGCCUUGCUCAAAUCCGAGAGGAAAAAAAGAGAAAGGAGGAAGAAAAAAAGAAGAAAGAGUCAGAGACACAACAGAAAGCAGAAGUGGCUCCUGAAGACUCGGAUUUGGACCGAAAGCGCAGAGAAACUGAGGCCCUGCUCCAGAGCAUCGGGAUCUCACCCGAGCCUUCAUUAGGUACAGUACACAAACCACACUGAAACAUCAUCCACACC